UCGAGGUGGUCCAACAGUAACGUUAAUCGUCCCAAAUUAUGUUUGUCCCCUAGUACAGAGAAUCAACUUAUCCAGGCAAUACGAUAUGCUUCCGAAAAUGGACUUGUUGUUGUUGCGGAGGGAGGGGGAAAUGGCGCCUUUGUGCCUGUCACCGAGCAAACCCUAUAUCUUCGCAUGAAACAUUUUGAUACAUUGGAAUAUAAUGAAUCCGAACAGACUAUCACAGUGGGUGGCGGCGUGCGAACCAGCCAACUUCUCCGUUUCUUGGCUGACCGAGGAUCCUAUACUGUGCUUCCAAGCAGUGAUGAGGUUGGCAUUGUAGGCUUUGUUUUGGGUGGCGGCGGUCACCAUUUUAUUGGCACCAAUGGUCUCGCAGCGGAUAAUGUAACUUCUAUAAACAUCAUCACCGCAGAUGCACAACCUCGUCAACUCAGUGUUGCUUCAUCUGGUGAUGAGCUCUCCUUAUUCAAGGCGUUGAUUGGUGCCGGCUUUGGCUUGGGCCUGGUCACAUCUGUCACCAUGAAAGUCUAUCCAUUGUCAGAUUUAGACAUGGACAACAAUGAGUUUAUGACUCGCCAACUUGUUUUCCCAGCUUCUGCUAUAAAGCUGGUUGCGAAAACCUUUGCUUCCUUCACAAACCCACUUCCCAGGCUGAGUGUUACUCUAGUCGGUGCAAGAGCACCUGAAACGGGGCCGAAUCCGGAUGCACCAUUGGUUAUAUUGACGGCGAGUUAUACUGGACCUAAAGAGGAGGCCAUGGAGGCAACUGCUUGUCUUUUUGACGACGAACUCGUCAAGGCCUCUUUUAUGGAAGAAACAUCUAUGCUGCCAAUUACAAGGCUGAACGACGGUGUGCAAUCCGCCAAUGUUGCUGGGGCUUACCGGGACAUCAACGUCGCUGGGCUCAGGACGAUAUCAGAGGAUACCGUCGAGGAGCUCUAUGAAAAAUGGUCGGACUUCACCUCAAAAAAUAAUGAUGCAAAGCGAACAUUCAUUGCAAUAAGUCGCUUUGACACGUCUUUCAUGGAAAAUCAUCGUCAAGAAGGGGAAUUCAUUGGUACUCGGGAUAGGGGAGUAGCUUUCAUAACCACAACUUGGUUUACGGAUGAAAAUCUUCGAGACACGGUGGAAGAUUUUGUCGCGGAUAUCAAAGCUACGGCCAGGCGCAAUGAUCCAGUUGUACCGAGAACUGUUGUGAAUAACAUGCGGCCUUCCACCAAGCUCGGCGAGCUAUUUGAUGAAGUCGCAGCCUCGGAAAUAAGGAGAAUAAAAACACUCUGGGAUCCGGACAAUCUAUUUUGGAGUCCGUGG